CCGGAUCGGAACUUUAACUACACGGUUGAGUUCUUACCAGAACCAUUGAGGACUCUCGAAACUGGGUGUGAUGUCGAUUCAAACAUGUUUGUCCAUAUGUUUAUGAAGAAUACCCCCCCUUGGGUGUGAGAAGGGUUCGUGUUUGCUCUUCAUCAGGCAGACUUGAGGAGGACCCUGCGGUCUUUGGUUCGGAACAGCCUUGCGAGGUGACACUUUUACCGGCGUCAGGAUGACGUGCCGUGACCGAACCAUCGAGUUUCAGUCGGCCUGUAAAUCUCUCCAGGGCAGACAGAAUGGAGUCCAGCCCAGUAAACCAGCUCUUAAUGCCCUCAAGCAACGCAGCGACUUCACACUUAUGGCCAAGAGAAUUGGAAAAGACUUAAGCAAUACAUUUUCCAAAUUGGAAAAGCUCACUAUUUUGGCCAAAAAGAAAUCUUUAUUUGACGACAAGGCAGUGGAGAUUGAGGAGCUAACCUACAUUAUUAAACAAGACAUUAACAGUCUGAACAAACAGAUUGCACAGCUUCAGGACUUGGUGAGGUCUCGUGGUGCUCCGAGUGGCCGGCACAUCCAAAGCCAUUCUAACACAAUAGUUGUAUCAUUACAGUCCAAGUUGGCUUCAAUGUCGAAUGACUUCAAAUCCGUGCUAGAAAUCAGAACUGAGAACCUGAAGCAGCAGCGUAGCAGGAGAGAACAGUUCUCCCAGCCUCCCGCGUCGUCUUCACCUAUGAUGGCAAACAACUUCAGGAGCCGCAAAAAAGGGGCCCAGGAGCCGCAUGCAGCUCGCGAGCCGCGCAAUGACUACCAGGGCUAUACAACCACAAAUUUAAAAGAAAGCUCAGUCCUGAUGCAGGAUGAGUCUCGGAGCAUGGGGGACGUAGCCAUCGAUGUGGACUCUCAGAGCACCUCAUUAAUGCUCAUUGAUGAGCAGGACUCGUACAUCCAGAGCCGUGCAGACACCAUGCAGAACAUCGAGAGCACCAUCGUGGAACUGGGUUCUAUAUUUCAGCAGCUGGCACACAUGGUUAAAGAGCAGGAGGAGACGGUCCAGAGGAUUGAUGCCAAUGUGGAGGACACACAGCUGAACGUUGAGGCCGCUCACACGGAAAUCCUCAAAUACUUCCAGUCGGUCUCCUCUAACCGUUGGCUGAUGAUCAAGAUCUUUCUCGUUCUUGCCAUUUUCUUCAUCAUCUUUGUCGUCUUCUUUGCCUGAAAAUAAAGACCAGCUGAAGGGAGGGGGGAAACGUACCGAAUCAAAGCUAAAGUUGGACCGGGACAUGCAUCAUUAUCAAAGGACGGACUUCUUUGCAAGGGUUUAACGGAGGCUUGUGAUUAAAACUAAUACGGACCUUUCGGUUACUUCCAAGCCAUGGACUCUUGAUUCAACUGUUUGGUGACGAAUGACCCAAAUAAAAUUGUGUGUGGAGCAAAAA